AAAAAAAAAAACAAAACAAAUAUAUAUAUAUACGAGAAAAUGUCUUUGACUUCCUACUGGGAUGUGGCGGAGAAUCCCGGGUCAUAGGUCAAUCGACACGUGCCAAGUCCCGUGGGUUUCACUCUGCACAACGUGGCAUUAUGGUCGGAAAAAACGAAUAACAAGCACAAUAAUUAGAAGCUCUCGGAGGAACAAUAAAAACGGAUGAAAAUGUUUAAAGUGGAUGAGAUGACAGUAUAAAAUGAUUUAAACAACGAAUGCCUAAGUUGAUUAAGCUUGUAAAGUGUUUGUAUGUGAACUGAAUUUUCCGUUUUUGAAAGAAUGUUGAAAUUCAGUUUCGAUUUCAAACUCGUUCUUCACUUAUUUAUUUAACCAAUAUACAUUUUUUCAAUAAUCAAAUGUACUAGACAAUAAACGAAAAGGAUUGGCCUGAUUACAAAAAUUUAAAUAAAAUCAGAACGCCUAAAAAGUUUUUUGAACAUGUAAAAUUCAGCUUUGAUUUUAAUACUUUCUAUAAAUACUUGUUUAAGAAGUUUUGUAGUAACUAAUCAUUUUAAAUAUGAGUUUUUUGUAGUAGAAGAAAAUUUGAAAUAGAUUGAAAAGGUUUGAGUUGGGUAAUCAAAUUUGUUUGAGGCUUAAAUAAAAAAGUUAGAGCUUAAUUCAAUUAAAGGCUGCCCCCUUAGUUAUAGGCAUUUUAUGGAAAAAAUAACUAUGCAUAUCAGGGGAGCUUUGCGUGAAAAUCUUGAUUUCCCUGAAGCAGCAAGCCGGCUAAAGUGGCAGCAAUCAAGUCGAAAAAGUCGGUAAAGUCAGAAAAAACAGAAAAGCCAGCGAACGGUGGCGAAUAGCAUGUUCUGAAAUCUCGCACGCACUUGCGUUUAAGGUGCUGCUUGGCUCGUUCUGGUGGAAGUGGUUACCCCCGACGACAUUGUAUUAUAUAACUUGUAUAACUUUCACUUUCCGGGCCCGCUCAAAGCAGGUGCUUAGCGGUAGUAUCGGCGGCAACAUCAGCGGCGGGCAGCCACAACAACAACAAGCACUCUAAUUAAGCGCGACCAACAAUAGGGGGGAAAAGGACGAGUGGCGAAAGUACGAAGGCAAUCGGGAUGCCGCUGCCGAAGUUCCGAUGUUCCGAAGCUCCUCCGCAUCCGAAUCCUUCGGCUCUGUUUUUGGCCAGGGCACUGUGCCGCCGAUUCGCGGACUUUUCAGAUACGUUUCGGCUGGCGAAAGGGAAAGUUCGAACCGCGGACGCGUGACCCGGGAAAUCCUUCGCUUUUCCGGCUGUUUUCCGACUUUUCUGCGGGCUGCGUGAGAACGCACAUUUGGUUUUGAUUGUUACGUUGAAGUAUUUUCCUUUUAAUACUUAUAAUGCCAAAUCCGUAUUAUGAGUGGAGAAUGAGGCGAGCGACACGCGCAUUGCCGGGUCAGUGUCAGGCCCUCCUCGUCAGCCUCAUUAUAAUCGUGUGCGCCGCAUUAAUCAUUCAAAGCGAGCGAAUCGACGAGGCGAAAGCUCAGCGGAGACGCGAACCCGGUGUGGUGAAUUCGUGGGAGCCCGGCAACGAUAAUGGCACCGCCAGAAAUCGCAUGCCGCGCAGUGUGUUCCACGUGCGCUGGAAUCCCAGCGAGAAGUUCAUUGUGGAGAGUCGCGAGAGUCCGGCCAUCAACUCCUCCAAACUGGCUCCACAUCCCCGACUAAAGGUGUCCAAGAACACCAAGCUCACCCUCAGCCCCAAGCUGUAUCUCUGCCAUGACAAGCACUCGGAACUGUGCCACAACAAGACCCAGCAGUUCCGGCAGCGCAUUGUCCAGACCUUCGAGAAGGCCAUGAUGGAGUCGGUCAACGAGUCGCAGGCGAACCACUACAACGUGGACUACAAGCCGGUGUUCGGCGACAGCUUCGAGGAGCAGUACUACCCCUCCACCUGUCUGGUCAUGGAGGCCGGCGUGCGAGUCCUGCGCCGCAAGGAUGCGCCCUUCAACAAGCUGCCCUUCGGCCGGCUUUUCCCGCGCCAGAAACUCUUUCGCAACCUCAAGGACAUCAAGACCUGUGCGAUCGUCUCCAGUGCGGGCUCCUUGGCGGGUUCCAAACUGGGUCGUUUUAUCGACACGCACGACAUUGUGAUGAGAUUCAAUCAUGCGCCAACGCAAGGACACGAGGUGGAUGUUGGCAGCAAAACCACAAUUCGUGUGGUGAAUUCGCAAGUGGUGACCAAGCCGGAGUUCGACUUCACCCAUGCUCCCAUCUUUCGGAACGUAACGAUUGCCGCCUGGGAUCCGGGCAAAUACAAUGGCACCCUGGAGGAUUGGCUCACCAGCGCGGACUACGAUCUGUUUACCAACUACGAGAUAUACAGGCGUCGGUAUCCCAAGUCACGCGCCUUCCUGAUCGAUCCCCAUUCGGUUUGGCGGCUGUGGCAGAGCUUGCAAAUGUUUGCCGGAAACCGACCGAUCAGCCGGAAUCCGCCCAGUUCCGGUUUUAUAGGAUUGGCCCUGCUCCUGCCUCACUGUCCGCAGGUGGACUUCGUGGAGUAUGUGCCCUCCACGCGGCUCAAUGGCCGCUGUCACUACUACAGCAAGGAGAUGAACUCCGCCUGCACAUUCGGCUCGUGGCAUCCGCUGGCCGCCGAGAAGCUGAUGGCCCUGGACAUGAACAUGGCGGAGGACGAUGACAUGUCGGUGUUCCAGUUCGGCAUCCUGCGGAUCCGCAGGCCGGACAAAUUGCUCUGCGGUUUCAACUUCUUUGGCUACUGAGCUACUAAGGGGCAUUGAAUCGCGCUGCGAUGGCGGAAGUGGCAGUGACAAUCCAGGUGCAUUUAAUCAAGCGGUUUUCAUCGAGUGCAAUAAACAAUUCAACUUUGCAAUGAA